UAGCAACGCUGCAGCCAAUAGCGUGCUCCAAUGGGCGUGACGUUAAUCCAAACUUUUCGCGGCGCCAUCGGCUGAAACUAAAACGAGAUGGAAUCUCCCAGUCUGAACCGGUUUCAACCGGUUACGAGUUUGUUGCUUGUGAGAAGAACAAGCAGAGGCUCACAGUGUAAUACCGCCCUGGUGCAAAAUUAACUUCAGUACAGAGCACAUUUCUUAAUUAAGGUUAACUUUAUUCCGUAAAAUGAACCGGACUGAAAAAAUACUUAACUCGCCGUGAAUGUUGGUGCGGACCUAGUGGUCCUCAUAUGAAGCAGCUAGCUCGUAUAGUCUUCAUCACAGAGGAAUAGUGUGGCUGGCCACUCAACGACCUUUUUUGCAUUUCGCCAGAAAUCGUGUACAAACAGGCACCAACGAUACUGGAUCAAAUAAACAAAAUUUUAGCAACUCUGGCUGGCAGACAAACCCACCUUCUUACUCCCAAAGGCUUGGACUUUAGCAUGAAUGUUACAAAAGGUGGAGGAAGAAAUGGUUCCCAUCCUGCACAAGUAUUUGCAAAUAUAGCCUAAUCCUUUUUAUUUUACUUUGAAUCUUAUGAUUAUUGUUCAUUUUCAUGGUAACCAAAUUAUAAUAUCCCUAGUUUUCAAAAAUAAAUAAAUAAAUAAAUAAAAAAUGUUAGAAUCAAUAUUUGAAUGUGAGGAUCGAUAUUUUUUUAUACAACACCAGUAUCGAUACUUUAGGAUCGAUCUGCCCAUCCCUAGCUCUUGUUACUAGGAAAUUUCAGAAUAUUCAAAGUGCAAGCAUGUUAUUUCUAUCGUGUACACCAAAUGAGAGUUUGCGGCAACCACAUUUCCCAUUGUUACUGAGGAUUAAACCCUCCAGCAGGCAUUGGUGUGUUUACAGGUCAGGUCAUAUAAGGCUUUUUGGAUAGCCCGGUGGUGGGGGUGUUCAUUUCACAUGACUUUGCCCCUGCUGGAUGUUUCCUCCCUGUCCCCCACAGAGCUCUAUGCCAGCAAUUAUGACAAUGUUAGCCGACCACGCAGCCAGACAGCUGCUGGACUUUAACCAGAAACUGGAUAUCAACCUGCUGGAUAAUGUGGUCAACUGCCUGUACCAUGGGGUUGGGCCACAGCAAAGAAUGGCCCAAGAGGUGCUGACUCAUUUGAAGGAGCACCCAGAUGCUUGGACACGUGUUGACACCAUUCUGGAGUUCUCUCAGAAUAUGAACACCAAAUACUAUGCUCUGCAGAUUCUGGAAACCGUUAUUAAAACAAGAUGGAAGAUUCUGCCCAGAAACCAGUGCGAAGGCAUUAAAAAGUAUGUUGUGGGCCUCAUUAUAAAGACAUCAUCAGAUGCGGCCAGUGUUGAGAAAGAGAAGGUGUACAUUGGAAAACUCAACAUGAUAUUAGUACAGAUCCUGAAGCAGGAGUGGCCGAAACACUGGCCCACAUUUAUCAGUGACAUUGUUGGAGCAAGCCGCACCAGUGAGAGCCUUUGCCAGAACAACAUGAUCAUUCUGAAGCUCCUUAGUGAGGAGGUAUUUGACUUCUCCAGUGGUCAGAUGACACAGGUGAAAGCCAAACACCUGAAGGACAGCAUGUGCAACGAGUUCUCUCAAAUAUUCCAGCUGUGCCAGUUUGUGAUGGAAAAUUCACAGAAUGCCCCUCUAGUGCAUGCUACUUUAGAGACACUGCUGAGGUUUCUCAACUGGAUUCCGUUGGGUUACAUUUUUGAAACCAAACUCAUCAGUACUCUGGUGUACAAGUUUUUAAACGUGCCGAUGUUCCGCAACGUGACACUGAAGUGCUUGACUGAGAUCGCAGGAGUCAGUGUCAGUCAAUAUGAGGAGCAGUUUGUCAGUCUCUUCACUCUGACCAUGAUGCAGCUCAAACAGAUGCUUCCCCUGAAUACCAACAUCCGGCUGGCAUAUGCGAAUGGUAAAGAUGACGAGCAAAACUUCAUUCAGAACCUCAGCCUGUUCCUCUGCACUUUCCUCAAAGAGCACGGGCAGCUGAUAGAAAAGAGAUUGAACCUCAGAGAGACUCUCAUGGAGGCUUUGCAUUACAUGUUGCUGGUGUCAGAAGUGGAGGAGACUGAGAUCUUUAAAAUCUGUUUGGAGUACUGGAACCAUCUGGCAGCUGAGCUCUACAGAGAGAGUCCCUUCUCCACCUCCACAUCUCCUCUCCUUUCAGGGAGCCAACAUUUUGAUGUACCACCCCGCAGACAACUGUACUUGCCUGUGCUGUCUAAAGUGCGCUUGUUGAUGGUAAGCCGCAUGGCCAAGCCAGAGGAAGUUCUGGUGGUGGAGAACGAUCAGGGCGAGGUUGUUCGAGAGUUCAUGAAGGACACAGACUCCAUCAAUCUCUACAAGAACAUGAGGGAGACGCUUGUCUAUCUGACCCAUCUGGACUAUGCUGAUGCAGAGCGCAUUAUGACAGAGAAACUUCAUAAUCAAGUGAACGGUACUGAGUGGUCCUGGAAGAACCUCAACACGCUGUGUUGGGCCAUUGGUUCCAUCAGUGGAGCCAUGCAUGAGGAGGAUGAGAAGAGGUUCCUCGUCACAGUUAUUAAGGACCUUCUGGGUCUAUGCGAGCAGAAGAGAGGCAAGGACAACAAGGCCAUCAUUGCCUCUAACAUCAUGUACAUAGUGGGCCAGUACCCACGAUUCCUACGUGCACACUGGAAAUUCCUGAAGACUGUCGUCAACAAAUUGUUUGAGUUCAUGCACGAAACCCAUGAUGGAGUGCAGGACAUGGCGUGUGACACAUUCAUAAAAAUCGCUCAGAAGUGCAGGAGGCAUUUUGUGCAGGUGCAGGUGGGAGAGGUGAUGCCCUUUAUUGAUGAGAUUCUCAACAACAUUAACACCAUCAUAUGUGAUCUGCAGCCCCAGCAGGUACAUACGUUUUAUGAAGCUGUCGGCUAUAUGAUUGGAGCGCAAACUGACCAGGCUGUGCAGGAACACCUUAUAGAGAAGUACAUGUUGUUGCCUAACCAGGUGUGGGACAGCAUCAUUCAGCAGGCCACCAAGAAUGUGGACAUCCUGAAGGACCCAGAGACUGUGAAGCAGUUGGGCAGCAUUCUGAAGACCAAUGUCAGAGCAUGUAAAGCAGUGGGACACCCUUUUGUUAUUCAGCUGGGCCGAAUCUACCUGGACAUGCUCAAUGUAUACAAGUGCCUAAGUGAAAACAUCUCUGCUGCAAUCCAGACCAAUGGUGAGAUGGUGACAAAGCAGCCUCUGAUCCGGAGCAUGCGCACGGUGAAGAGAGAGACGCUGAAGCUGAUCUCAGGCUGGGUCAGCCGCUCCAAUGACCCACAGAUGGUGGGGGAGAACUUUGUUCCUCCGCUGUUGGAUGCCGUGCUCAUUGAUUACCAGCGCAAUGUCCCGGCAGCAAGAGAACCGGAAGUGCUCAGCACCAUGGCAACAAUUGUAAACAAACUGGGUGGACACAUUACUGGAGAGAUCCCACAGAUAUUUGAUGCAGUUUUUGAGUGCACAUUAAAUAUGAUUAACAAAGAUUUCGAAGAGUACCCAGAGCACCGGACACAUUUCUUCUACCUGCUGCAGGCGGUGAACUCUCACUGUUUCCCAGCAUUCUUGGCCAUCCCUCCGGCACAGUUUAAACUUGUGCUUGACUCAAUUAUAUGGGCCUUUAAACACACGAUGAGAAAUGUGGCAGACACUGGCCUCCAGAUUCUCUACACGCUGCUGCAGAACGUGGCACAGGAAGAGGCAGCAGCACAGAGCUUCUAUCAGACAUACUUCUGUGACAUUCUUCAGCACAUCUUCUCUGUCGUCACAGAUACAUCACACACAGCUGGUUUGACAAUGCAUGCUUCUAUCCUGGCAUACAUGUUUAACCUUGUUGAGGAAGGAAAAAUCAACACAGCUUUGAACCCCUCAAACCCAGUCAACAACCAGGUGUUCAUCCAGGAGUAUGUGGCCAACUUGCUCAAAUCAGCUUUCCCACACUUACAGGAUGCCCAGGUGAAAGUGUUUGUGACUGGCCUGUUCAGUUUAAACCAAGACAUCCCAGCAUUCAAAGAACACUUGAGGGAUUUCCUUGUGCAGAUUAAGGAAUUCGCGGGUGAGGACACCUCUGAUCUGUUUCUGGAGGAGAGAGAGGCCUCGCUGCAUCAGGCCCAGGAGGAGAAACACAAACUUCAGAUGUCUGUGCCUGGCAUCCUCAACCCUCACGAAAUACCUGAGGAGAUGUGUGACUGAGUUCACACAAAAACAUUCACACCACACGCACUGUACUGACUCAAACAUACUAAACACACAACUAAAAUGUGGGCCAUCUGUGUGUUUUCUUUUAAGUGUGUGUGUGAACUCUUUAGGCUCUUCCUGUAAGGAGGUGAUUUCCGCACAGGGCUGUCUCUUGACCAAAACAAUGCCAAUCUGUACAUGAUACUGUCACCCAAUGACCCUGUUUGCAUUGUUCCUGUUUCAUAAAGACACUUUAUUGUAUUAACUUUCCAUUGUUAACAGCUUAUGUUUGGUCAGCGCUGCAUGAAGUGUCACAUCUGUACAAUUAUUUCUUGCUUACAGUCCUCUCCUGUCCUCUCUUUCCACACAUCAUGUAUGUGUUCAUGUAUAUUAUAUAUAAAGACCAGAGUGCAGUUUGUUGUGUUGGCAGAGAGCUGUGUGUGUUCUGGCAGUGGGCAGAUGUACCUAGUGUCAGCGUAUGCCCGAUUGCAGCCAAUGAGCUGCACACCUGUUCAAGCCCAUGAGAAUGUUGAUGAAUGUAAGUGAUUGUUGAGGUUGCUGUGUUGCUCACUGGCUUAGGUUGUGGGGCCCGUGUGUGUGAGGGGCCAAGAGCCAUUUGAGACUAAAGGAUGUCUAUGCUUUCUGCAGAAAGCAGCAGAAUGUGAACUGGAAUGGAUCACUGAGUGAAUGGUCUGAUCGAUGCUGCUGUGGUUGUGAGGGGCGUUCGGGUCCAUUUGGACCCGCAACUCUGCGGCGUGAAAGCUCUCUGUUUGCUUUUCUAGGCAGGAGUGUUCAGCAGCCCUCUACAUGUUCAUAUCAGCAUAAUUGUACAGAAUCUUUACUACCAUGGGAACAUACAGAUGUUUUGUCCUGUUUCGUUGUGGGUGUGUGAGCGUGCGCGUGUGUUGUCGCUAAGCCGACAUCAGGUUUUUUUGUUUUCCUCAAUGAGGAUGGUUGCUCCUUUUGUGAGCUUUCAUUAAAUUGAAGUUUAAAAAAAGUGGUUAAAAUAUUUAUGGGGUCUUGUCGGCUACACCUUUAUAACUGCUCAUGAUAAUUCGCUCAGAGACGGCUUUGGAGUUUUUUUUUUUAAUUGUACUAAUUUACAUCGUUUACCAUGCUGUAGUGCUGCAGGACACUACCUUGAGCAAAAUAAAUCUCAGUUUACAUUUAAUUUUGUAUUUUUGCAUUUUUCAUUUGUGUCCUUUUGAGUCCUGUCCAAAUAAGGCAAAGAGGUUUUAGUCAGAGAAAACGGAAAUGCCGACAUUCUCUUUAGGAAAAGAAUGUAUCAGUCUAAAUACAGAUGAUCAAUGGUUAAUUCCCCUUUACUAUGCAUUGCAUUUGUUGUGAAACUUUUUGAACUGAUUAAAGUUAAAGAAUU